UCCAAAUUCAGUUUCGAUUCAAAAUCAAAGACGAACACAAAUUCAAUGAUUUCGAUUGCUCAGUGGCUGACCUCUUUGUCAGCUGGAUUCUUAGCCACCUCGCAGGCGAUUCGUUAUUUUAAGACUGCAAACGAAAAGGAAUCGCCGGCCAGGAUGUCAAAUCAGCGGGAAACGGCGGCAAUAGAUGUAUCAGCCGCGGAGGAACCGAAGAUCCUGGGAUCCGAACAGAUCAGCAGUCUCCUACAGCACAUUUUCAGCAGUGAGCGGAAGUCCUCCCCCGUUUAUAUAGAUGCAAUGCACAAUCGCAGUGCCCGCAAACAGGAGUAUUCAUUGGGUUCCGAAUCCCUUGAUCGAAUGUUGGAGGACAUCAUGGACCCCGUGGGAAAUGGGAACAGCAGGUCCUUGGCCAUGGAGCCUGCCGUUGAAGUAUAAGCUAUUCUUUUGAGCCGAUUAAAUUCAAGUUACAUUUGUCCCAUUAAAUUGUUGCGCUUUUAUAAGAAGACAAAUUAUUACACUUUGUAGUCAACAAA